GUCUUCUGGUGUUAGGUUCCCCCUCUUUCUCCUGUGCUGUGUCGCAGAUUUCGCUGUGUGCAGCUCUGCCUCGCUCGCUCGCUCGCUCGCCCGCUCCCUCCCUCCCUCCCUCGCCUGUAGGUGGGUAGAAGGACGCCUUGGCAGCCUUCUCUCUGCAGGGCCCCCUCCUCUCCCUUCAGGCUGCCCGUCCGGUCAUGGGUGCCGUCCGCUGGCAGAACCACAGCGCUCUCCGGGUUUUGUUGUUGUGCGUGAGCUGUGCUGCAUCGCAGAACCGAGCGGCCGGAGCCGCACAGAGCCUCUGCGCCGUGGCUGGAGGAGGCCGGCGAGCUGCAGCCUUGCACAGAUUUGGAGUCGGUAGCUUGCGCCUAUUCUUGGUGGUAUGUCCUCAUGGUGUGUUGUGUUUGGAUCCCCUGGCAACUAGGAGCUGUGAGGUGACCGCUUUCCAGCCGACGGCCCGUCUCAACGUCCAGUGACACGAUGCCCAAGAAGGAUCAUGAGCGGGACCUGGAGCUGGACAAGAAGAUCGAGGCUCUGCGCAGGAAGAACGAGGCGCUCGUGAAGAGGUACAAGGAGGUGGAGGAGGACAAGAAACGGGCCGAGGAGGAGGGGAUGGCGCUGCAGAGCCGCAAGGGCAAAGCUGAGGAUUUAACCAUCACCAUCAGCAAGUCCACCAGCGAGAGCCGCGUGGUGGUGACCAAGCCCUUCAGAGGACAGCAGGAGGCCGACGGGCCGGGCGCCGGUUCCGACGGGCCGGGCGCCGGUUCCGACGCGCCUCCGCAGGGCGAUGGACCGCCGCCGGGCGCCGGCCGCAGCCACAGGAAGCAGCUGACGGUGACUAUGGCGGGAAGGAAGGGAAAGAGGCUGGUGAGCGAGAGGCCGGACAAGCGGCCGCGGCCCCCUGCGGAGGUCAGGAGCCCCACAGAUGACGGACAGGCCAGACGCGUGGAGGCGGGGGAGAGGGGGAGGCAGCCUCCUCACACGGACACGCAGGAGAGCGAGAGCACCACAGACCUCAACAUCCCGACGUCCAGAGAGGAGCAGGAGGAGUACCUGAGGUGGAAGAGGGAGCGCGAGCAGAUCGACAGGGAGCGAGUGGCUCGUCACAAGAACGCGAAGGGCCAGUGGAGACGGGCGUGGGACGUGGACAAGACGGAGAACAUGUUUUCAGACAAAUCCCUGCCUGAUCGAGACUGGGGGUCGUCCAGCAGGGGGCGACACGCUAAGCGAGGACAAGGCAGAGCCGACGGCAGAGGUCACGAGAAGAGAAGCAAAGACAAGGGCUCUAAAAACGUGCUAGUGAUGAGCAGCAAAGCGAAAGGCAAAGACCGGCUGACGGGGAGAGCCCGGAGGUGGCAGGCGAAUGAAGAAGGAGGAAGUGUUCAGACGUCUGAUACGACCUUGGAGGAGUUCUUGGAGGAACUGGACGCGCUCACAGACACUGAACCAGAGGAGCAGAGAGAUCCGGACACAAAAGCAAAGCCGUCGUCGGGCCCAGGUUCUACGAGUCCAUGUGAUGAAGGAAGCGCUGCCCUGAGAGAGGACGACCCCCCCCCACAGAAGCCAGAGGCCUCAUCCCCCCGCGGAUCAGAGAAGAAGGUCCGCUUCUCAGAGGAGCUCAUCCUGGUGGCUCAUCAGAGGAGACCCCCCGGCUCUCAGGACUCUGCCAGCUCAGAGCCCAGAAAUCCGAGCUCAAUUAAAGCUUCUUCACCUAAGAAGUACAAACAUGAUCCAGAGAAGCCGCAGCAGCGUGAGCAGGGCAGUGCUCCGGAUCGGGGAGGUGGUCCUUCUGAUCCUCCUGUUGCCGAGCAGCAGGCUCGUGACACUGGAUGUACUGAGGAGGAGCCCCCCGCUGUGAACGGCAGUGCCUCUGAGCAGCCUGUGGAGCUGGUCAAGUGCAGCAUCAGCAGCAGUCACGCAGAGGAGCUGAUAGAUUCAGGUCUGUCGGUCCUGAGCCUGGAGUCGGGAGACACACGCCCAACACACUCCACCAGCAGUGACAAGGCACGAGAACAUGGGAAGAUCGUCUGAGUCCACGCGUUCGGGAAGAGGACCUGAAAAACCAAAACGCAGCGACGGAGCCCUGAGAACGUUUCUCACCUUAGAGACCUGGUUUACAUUUUCAUUUCGCUGUGGCACAUCCCACCAAAUGAAUGAUUGCAGGAACGAUGCUCCAGUCCUUUCUACGUGCAAGCACUUUAGUACGAGCCGCGCUCCGGGCGGCCGUUGGUCGGCUGCUUCAGUGCAAUAUGACUGAAUGUUUACAUUUGAAUGCAGGAGGAAUGUCAGGAGGCUGCUGAUUGGUUCAACCUGGGCGGCCUUGAAAGUGAGACCAGCCAGUCAAAUGUUUAGUGCCUAAAGCGCCUCACGGGCGUUUCCUGUUUGAGUCACGCUGACGGAACGGCGGCGGCGGCCUGACACAUGCAGGUUGCUAGCUCCUUCCAGCAUCAGUCGAGGACCUUUAAUGAGGUAAAGGUCACAUUUAGGGCUUGUCUCAUUGCUCCUACCAAGACACUGCUUGGGUUUACAAAAUGUUCAUAUGUUUUAUUGCCUGUGUGAAGGAGAAGCGGUUCAGUUGUAAAUAACGUCUGUGUCUCUGGGAGAAGCCCAUCAGUUCAGAGCUGGGUUCCUGUGAGGUCGCGGCUUGUGGAGCAGAGGGCGCGUUACAGCACAGGACAGUGGUCAUAGACGCCGGCGCCACAGCUGUCGCUGCAACUUGAAUCGCACAUUUCUAGUUCCUACUAUUUACGUAAAAAUAGAAUUAGGGGAAUUCUGAGCAGACCUGAAGGCAGCAUCUUAAAGGUGUGGCGUUUGCCCAGCAGAGAGGAUCAUGGGAAGUGCAGUGUUUUAUCCAGCUUCAUGGAGGAACAGGUUGAGGCUGGUUGAUCCUCGACUUCAGCUGCUGCAGCAGCCGCUGACGUUGUUAAGAGUAGCUGAGCUUUUCUGGUCUUCCUCCGACGGCGUUCUCGGUCCUUUCUCAUGGAUCUGUCCUUUGCUGUAACAACCAGUCGAGGCUGCGAAUCAUAAACUAAUUAGGGAAAUGGCGUUGGGUGUUUUUUUUUUUCGCCCCGUGUUCCGUAGAGGUUCUGAUUCCCCGCCUUGAGCUUCAUAGCGACGGAUCUUCCAGGUUCCGCGUCAGAGCACUGUGAUUACAGCCUUGGGGCCACGUUCCAGGCUUCCUUGGUGAAGGUUGUUGUGCCUUGAGUUCAGACAGUGACGAUGGUAACACACGUAGGAUUCUCUGUGACGUGUUUGGUUUUUUUUUUUUAUUGAGUCUGUCUUCAGAGGAGACCUCUGCUUUUCUGCACUAGUAAACUGUUACAUAACCUUAAGUAGAGUGACCUGCAGGACCCGUCGGCCGCAGCUCUUACAUAAAAUAACCAAGAAACCAGUAGAAGCACAGUCACAGAGAAAGCGUGCUGUAUUUGAACAGGGGCCUUAUUCUGUAUCACACACGGAAUCUAAAUGAAUGUCCAGUAGUUAGUUUGAACCGCAGGUCGCACAGAUGGUGUGUAAAUAUUGAACCUCCCUGUGGGAACGUGUGACCUUCAACCAGCAGCUCCUUCUCCUGCUUCUCCUGAGACGUGUUGAUGGCGGCUCCUGCAGGCGUCCACACACUGGCACCAAGGAACUGGCGUGAGAAGAUGUGAUUCCAGCGUCAGUGCUCGAGCCCAUCUGUGUGCAACUUAAUUUAAUGUAGAACAACUUUGAAGGAAUAAAGUUUUGCUGUAUUUCA